AUGUUUCGCGCGCAGGCAAAUCCGAUGGACGAUGCCGUCGUCAAGGCCACCGACGAGAACUUGACGAGCGAGAACUGGGAGUACAUCCUCGACGUCUGCGAUCGAGUCUCGGCCAAAGCUGAAGGCCCAGCACAGGCCAUGGCCGCCCUCAUCAAGCGCCUGGCCCACCGCAACGCCAACGUCCAGCUGUAUACCCUCGAGCUCGCCAACGCCCUGUCGCAGAACUGUGGCCCGCCGCUGCACCGGGAACUCGCCUCCAAGGCCUUCACCGACGCACUGCUGCGCUUGGCGGCAGACCGUAACACUCAUGCUCAAGUCAAGCAAAAGGUCAUGGAGCGCAUGGGCUCCUGGAGCGACGACUUCCGAUCGUCGCGUGAGCUGGGCAUCAUGGAUCAGGCGUACAACAAGCUAAGGCAGCAGCAACCAGGUCUGAUGCCGCCAAGCCGGCCAGUGAAGAAGGAAGUCAGCACAGAAGACCGAAGGAAGGAGGACGAAGAGCUGCAGAUGGCACUGGCGCUGAGCAUCAAGGACAAAGGUCCGGCAGCGGACACACCGGCGACAACCAACGGCAACACCCAGCAACCGACACAGGCCCCGCCACCUCCCCAACAGGGGACUACAGCUGCUACAGUGAGCAGAGUGCGGGCUUUGUACGACUUUGCGCCCUCCGAGGCCGGCGAGCUGGCUUUCAAAAAGAACGACAUCAUUGCUGUGCUGGAGUCGGUAUACAAAGAUUGGUGGAAAGGCAGCCUGAGAGGACAAACUGGCAUCUUCCCGCUGAACUACGUCGAGAAGAUCCAGGACCCAACGAAGGAGGAGCUGGAGAGAGAUGCACAAAUGGAAUCCGAGGUGUUCGGUGAGAUCAAGAAUGUCGAGAAGUUGCUUGCGUUGCUCAGCGUAGGCGCAGAAGGAGGUGGCAGGAGAGGCGAACGGGAAGAGGAGGAAGUCAGUGAGCUCUACCAGCGAACGUUGAGCAUACGACCGAAAUUGAUUGAGCUCAUCGCUCGAUAUUCGCAGAAGAAAGACGACUUCACUCAGCUGAACGAGAAGUUCAUCAAGGCACGGCGCGACUACGAAGCUUUACUCGAGUCUUCCAUGUCGCAACCGCAGUACCAGCAACAAUAUCCUGUUCGACAGAGGCAACCGUCGUACCCCCCGCAACAUCAACAACCACCUUAUGCUAUGCAGCAACCUCCAAUGCAGGGCUAUCCUCCUCAGGGACCGCCCCAGGCUCAGGCUUACCAAGUACAGCAGCCAUAUGCUGCGCAAAGUCAACAGCACCUACCUCCGCAGUCCGAUGUUCAACGUUACUAUUCACCCGUUCCCGGGGAGCAGCCACCACAAGGUGGGUUUCCUAGUCCUUACCCGCAACAGAGCGGGCCACCUCAGGGCGCAGCAAAUGUUCCUGCUCCCUUCCAUUUCAUACCCGGUGGCAUCCAGCAAGGUGCGCCUCAGUCAGCCGAGAUUCGAAGAAAGCCAAGUCCGAAUGCUUUGCAGGGCAACAUCCUCCCGACUGAUCCCUAUGGCGCCGCUCCUGUCUUCCAGGGCCAGAUAAGACCAAACAGCAUUCAUACCCUGAACAGUGGGAACCCGCAGGAGUUGGCGACAGGUGGCUACGAAUCGCCAGUCGACAAUCGCCACUCGUAUCCCUCAGCUCAGUUCCAGCAGCAGCCAACCCAACAGCCACCAGCUCCAAAUCAGGCGUACGAAGCUUACUCGCAGCAACCACAGAGCCAGCCCGUGCAGACACAGGCGCAGCAGACUCUACCGUCGCACAUAAGGAACGACCGUGACGGUCUUCCCAGCCGUCAAAGAACAGCAAGUUUUGAAUCACCCACCAGCAUGUAUUCGACACAACAAGACGGCCAACACCCACCACAGCAAGCGCCUCAACAGCCGAGCGCUCCACUGCCCGGCAUCCCAAUCAGCCCAGGCAUGCAGCCAAGUGGGCAGCCGCCUUAUCAGGCAUAUCAGCCUUACCAGCAACAGCAGCAGCAGCAACAUCCACAAGCCAGGGUACCCUCCAGUGGCAAUGAAGGUGAUCCGGGUGACUUUUACAGAUGA